AAAUAAAUACCAUCGAGAGUUUUUUUUUUUUUUACGCGGAGAGAUCAUUUGCACGGACGGAUCUGCUCUUAGUAUGUAUCGGGAUAUAUUUGCGAACACAGAUUAAUUUGUGGAUCCGUUGGGGAAAUUAGAGUAUAUUGCUGUAAAGCUGUUGGUAACCGCAUUUCGAUGCAUGGCAUUUAUGCAUGUAUUAAAGUUUCAAAUAAAUGUCCAAUCCGCUUGGAAACUGCAGCGCGCGAGCAACUGAUUUAAUUUGCAUUGCACUGGAAUUAAAUUGCAAGCACACAAUUGAAUAUUGUUGCUAUUAUGAGUGUCUGACAAGAUGGCGACUCCCAGAGAGGCAUGAAAAUGGCAUUCUGCAGCAAAUGGGCACUGAGUUUCGAGUGUUAGUCUCUGAAUUUCUGUCUUUGUCUAACUUUCCAGAAUUUUGAGGAGCGUUUUUGAUUUAAGCAUUAGUUAAUUAUUCGCAGCGAUUUCAGUCAUUAACGCUUCCUAUGCAGUUGCGUGUUAAAUGUAUUGUUUUUAUUUGCCGCUCCGCCAUUUUUCAGACUGGCUUUACUUGUUUCAAUAUGGCGACUUCCAUGGGUCGAUACUGUUUCUGCAUCAGGGACAUUUAACUGGAGAAUGUAACUUGGAGUAAAAGGACAUGUCGUCCCCUGGUUCCGUUGUGUCUGGAACCACCGGUGCUCCGCUGCAGCCGCGAUGGAAGCGGGUUCUGGGGUGGUCCGGGCCGGUACCACGACCGAGACACGGACAUAGAGCCGUGGCCAUAAAGGAGCUAAUGGUCGUGUUUGGUGGAGGAAACGAAGGAAUCGUCGACGAGUUGCACGUUUAUAAUACUGCAACAAACCAGUGGUUCAUACCAGCCGUUCGUGGAGACAUUCCUCCAGGCUGUGCAGCUUAUGGUUUUGUAUGUGAUGGUACACGGCUGUUAGUGUUUGGUGGGAUGGUGGAAUAUGGAAAGUACAGCAAUGACCUUUAUGAGUUACAGGCAAGUAGGUGGGAGUGGAAAAAAUUGAAACCAAAGGCCCCUAAAAAUGGUGCACCGCCAUGUCCUCGUCUGGGUCAUAGUUUUUCUCUUGUGGGUAACAAGUGCUAUCUCUUUGGAGGGCUUGCCAAUGACAGCGAAGACCCCAAGAACAACAUUCCCAGAUAUUUGAAUGAUCUUUAUACUCUCGAGCUGCGCCCUGGCUCCAGCGUUGCAGGCUGGGAUGUACCAGUCACAUAUGGAGUUCUGCCACCACCAAGAGAGAGCCACACUGCUGUAAUUUAUACUGAAAAAACUACCAAGAAGUCCCGUCUUAUCAUAUAUGGAGGAAUGAGUGGUUGUCGUUUGGGAGAUCUUUGGACAUUAGAUAUUGACACGCUGACCUGGAACAAGCCUGCAAUAAGUGGCACUGCUCCCCUCCCUCGCAGCCUCCACUCAGCCACUACUAUAACAAACAAGAUGUAUGUUUUUGGUGGCUGGGUUCCCUUGGUGAUGGAUGAUGUGAAGGUGGCCACACAUGAGAAGGAAUGGAAGUGUACUAACACACUGGCCUGCCUGAACUUGGACGCUUUGUCAUGGGAGACUGUUUUGAUGGACACUUUGGAGGACAACGUACCACGUGCACGAGCAGGACAUUGCGCGGUUGCUAUCAACAACAGACUUUAUGUGUGGAGUGGACGUGAUGGGUACCGCAAAGCGUGGAACAAUCAGGUGUGCUGCAAAGACCUGUGGUACCUGGAGACAGAACGGCCUAAUCCUCCUUCACGAGUACAGCUUGUCCGGGCCAACACAAAUUCUUUAGAGAUUAGCUGGGGAGCAGUGUCUACAGCAGACAUGUACCUGCUUCAGCUUCAGAAAUAUGAUAUUCCAUCAGCCACUGCUGCCACCUCACCUGCCCUCAAUGCAGUUCCCUCACUUCCGGGAAACUCUCCCAAAAGUCCAGCACCUGCAGCAGCCGCUCCGUCUGUUCACAGUCUGCCGCAGACUGGCAUCACUCUAGUGCCCCAGGCUGCUUCCCCCACAGCCUCAGUCUUGCCUAACAUGCCUGGAAGUCCCUUGGCUGCCUCAACAGCUCGCGGCCCAGCCAUUCUGAAAGUUGCAGCCCCUCAGUUGGGCACUGGGACAUCAAUUUUCACAGUGCGACAAGCUGCCCAAGCUGGAAAAUCCCCAGUCACGGUGACAUCACUUCCUGCAGGUGUCCGGAUGGUAGUGCCAUCUCAGGCCACUCAAGGAACGCCCAUAGGCAGCAGCCCUCAGAUGAGUGGAAUGGCAGCUUUAGCUGCAGCUGCUGCAGCCACACAGAAAAUCCCCCCUUCCCCUGGAGCCACUGUUCUCAAUAUGCCGGCCGGGGCGACAAUCGUAAAAACGGUGGCUGUGGCACCUGGGUCCACCACUCUCCCCACCACAGUAAAAGUGGCAUCUCCUGUCAUGGUAAGCAACCCUGCCACUCGCAUGCUGAAGACAGCUGCUGCCCAGGUGGGCAGUCCAACAGUGUCCAGUCCCACUACAGGUGCUCGGCCCAUUAUAACAGUGCACAAGUCGGGCACAGUUACUGUUGCCCAGCAGGCUCAGGUUGUGACCACUAUGGUGGGCGGGGUCACCAAGACCAUCACACUCGUCAAGAGCCCACUUUCCAUGGGAGGAGGUGGCACCCUGUUCUCUAACUUGGGCAAGGUCAUGUCAGUGGUACAAACCAAACCAGUGCAGACAGCUGCUGUGACUGGGCAGGCCUCCUCCAACCCAUUGACUCAGAUCAUACAGACAAAGGGUCCCCUCCCUCCCGGCACCAUUUUGAAGUUGGUAACGUCUGCUGAUGGAAAAACUACCACCAUAAUUACCACCUCUCAAGCAGGAGGCACAGGAAACAAGCCCACCAUCCUGGGCAUCAGUGGCAUGUCCCCCACUACCACCAACAAGCCGGGCACCACCACUAUCUUUAAAACAAUCCCCAUGUCUGCUUUACAACAGGGAGCUGCAGGUGUAACUAGUAGUGCAGGGGUGAAGAGCCCCAUCACCAUCAUUACUUCCAAGAUGAUGACAUCAGGAACUCCUGGCAAAAUUAUUACAGCAGUGCCUAAGAUUGGCACAGCAACAGGCCAGCAAGGCCUCACACAGGUUGUUUUGAAAGGUGCUCCAGGUCAGCCCAAUACCAUUCUUCGCACUGUGCCAAUGGGAGGAGUGCGUCUUGUUUCUCCAGUUUCCGUGUCUGGGGUCAAACCAACUGUAACCACAUUGGUUGUCAAGGGAACAACUGGUGUAACAACCCUUGGCACAGUCACUGGAACAGUUUCUAGCAGCUUAGCAGGAGGAAGCGUAACCAGUGCCAAUGCCACCCUGGCAACCCCCAUCACCACCCUGGGCACGAUUGCCACCCUCUCCAACCAGGUCAUAAAUGCCACCACUGUUUCAGCUGCUCAGAGCAACGUGACCACCGUCCCGUCCACCAUGCAGCCCACACAGGUGACACUCAUAACUACACCCAGUAGUGUGGAGGCUCAACCUGGCCAAGACCUGCCUGUUUCCAUUAUGGCCUCUCCCACCUCAGAGCAGCCCACCUCUACUGAAUCCGGGGCAGCUGAUGGCUCUAGCAGUGUAACUCUAGUGUGCUCCAACCCUCCGUGUGAGACUCACGAGACAGGCACCACCAACACAGCCACAACAGCGACAGCAAAUAUGGGGACUGGUCCGACUGGAACAGUGCAGAGGGUAUGCUCCAACCCGCCCUGCGAAACCCAUGAAACAGGUACAACAAACACUGCCACCACAGCAUCUGCCAACAUGGGCACUGUUCAGAGGGUGUGCUCAAACCCACCAUGCGAGACCCAUGAAACGGGCACCACCAACACAGCAACUACAGCAUCUUCGAAUAUAGGCACGGCCCCUACUGGCACAGUGCAGAGGGUGUGCUCCAACCCACCUUGUGAGACCCAUGAAACGGGCACCACCAACACGGCUACUACAGCUUUAUCUAACAUGGGAGGAGACCAAGCAGGAACGGUGCAGCGGGUUUGCUCCAACCCACCCUGUGAGACCCACGAAACAGGCACCACCAGCACAGCAACUACAGCUUCAUCUAACAUGGGUGGAGACCAAAUGGGAACUGUUCAGAGGGUGUGCUCCAACCCACCUUGUGAGACCCACGAGACUGGUACAACCAACACGGCCACAACUGCUACCUGCAAUAUGGAGACAGAUGAGGGAACAGUCCAACAGACUGGUGAAGCAUCAGAAUCUACCACCAGUACAGAGGGCCUGCCAUCCACUGCUGCACCCCAGAACAGAGCCAUCACCACAGUCACACAGGCAACACCUCUACCAGGACCAGCUGUUCCAUCUAUCUCUUCAAUCACUGAGUCCUCCUCCGAGGUGGGUGCUGAGCCUGUUGUAAUGGAAAGUGCGGAGGCAGAGUCCUUGCAGACAAAAGGCCAGGGUGAGGCAGAGGCGGUCACCAUGCAGGCAGAGUUCCAGACAGAAGCAGGGGCAGUGGCUAUAUCGAGUGAUUUCCAGGCAGAGGCAGCAGCCAUGCCAAGUGACUUCCAGGGAGAAGCCGAGGCAGUGGCCAUGCAGGCAGAGAGCCAGGCAGAGUCAGAGGCUGUGCCCAUGGAGCAUGAUGUUUCUGGCUUAGCAGAGGGAGAGGGGGCUCAGCUGCAUCUACCAGCAGCAGAGAUGGAGGGUAUCGAGUCUGCAUCAGCAUCCCAGGAUGCCGAGGCACUGGCCCUGCCCCCAGAACUGAUGUCAGAUGGACAGCCCACAACGCUGAUGGUGACGGGUCUGACCCCAGAGGAGUUAGCGGUCACAGCGGCCGCAGAGGCGGCGGCACAGGCUGCAGCCACAGAGGAAGCCCAGGCCCUCGCUAUCCAGGCUGUACUACAAGCAGCACAGCAGGCUGUUAUGAACUCAGAUGAGGCCAGAGGAGACCACCAGCAGACCCACACCAUACCCAUCGUUCUGACCCAGCAGGAGCUGGCGGCUCUGGUUCAGCAGCAGCAACAGCUCCAGGCGGCCCAGCAGCAGCAAGCCGCUGUCCAGGUCGCUUUCCCCACUGAGGGCUUGGCUCCGGCUGACAGCUUAAAUGACCCGUCAUCAGAGAGCAAUGGACACAACGAGAUAGCCGCCGCUGUCACAAGUGCAGUGGCCGCACUGCUGCCUCGGACUUCCGCAGAGACCUUGGCGCCAUCCAGCACUUUAGCGCCUGCAGUAGUCGCCAGUCCAGCGAAAUUGCAAGCAGCGGCAGCUCUCACUGAAGUGGCCAAUGGAAUCGAGGCUGCGAAACAAAAUCCUCCCACGGUUACCAUGAAACCUCAAGUGAAGAAAGAAAACCAGUGGUAUGAUGUUGGCAUUGUGAAAGUGACCAACAUGGUUGUAACACAUUUCUACAUGCCUGCAGAUGACUCUGCUUAUGUUGAUGAUGAUUCCGGCACAAGCCCUGACUACAGCCAGAUGAAGAAGGUGGAGCUUCAGCCUGGGACGGCCUAUAAGUUCAGAGUGGCGGGUAUAAACACAUGUGGUCGCGGUGCCUUUUCUGAAAUAUCUGCUUUUAAGACCUGCUUACCAGGCUUCCCAGGGGCACCGUGUGCCAUAAAGAUAAGCAAGAGUCCAGACGGCGCACACCUUACAUGGGAGCCUCCGUCAGUGACAUCAGGAAAGAUUACAGAGUAUUCAGUGUAUUUGGCCAUCCAAAGCAGCCAGACCACCGAGGCCAAAGCCUCUACCCCAGCUCAGCUCGCCUUCAUGCGCGUUUACUGUGGGCCCAACCCCUCCUGCCUGGUCCAGUCCUCCAGCCUGUCCAAUGCUCACAUAGACUACACCACCAAACCCGCCAUCAUCUUCCGCAUUGCGGCACGCAACGAGAAGGGUUAUGGCCCAGCUACACAAGUGCGAUGGCUGCAAGAGUCAAACAAAGAUGGCAUUUCUGCAAAGCCUGCCCCAAAAAGAGCAGUUUCUUCACCAGAUAUGAAAGGGAUUGGUCUAAAGAAAGCAAGAAUGGACCAGUGAUGCCCUCUCUCCAUUUGUCCUCCAAAAGCAGGAUGACUUAUCCCAUCUCCUAGCGCUCCAUCCGAAUUCAAGACAACUUCAACUGUCACCAGAGCAUCCAUUAAAAUGGCCCAAAACCAGAAAGGAAAUGGGGUUCAAAACAAUUUUUUUUCCAGGAAAAGCUUUUCUCUUUUAAUAGAAUCAGUGGAGAAAAGCACGUUACGUAGUUUAAUAUUUUUCCACCCAACUUAUUUGGACUGGGAAAUGAAUAAAAAAAAAAAAAAAAAUCUUUUUCCAUUGUACAGUCUUCCACUCAGCUUUCCCCAUUUCUUUCAACACGUAUUUUCAAAGAUCAGAUGUAAGAUAUAUGUAAGAUGUUUGUUCAGCUUUCAGCGUUCAAAUGAAGUUACUCUCUUUCCUGUGAUGGACUUCAGGGUGAUGUUUUAGAGAGGGAGGAUGUCUGAAUGGAGAUGAGUCUUGAUGUCUUUCUCAUGGUGGGGGGAGAAAAUGGAAUUGGGAAA